GGAGUGCGGCAGCACAUGUACCAUCAACCGCAGCCCCCCUUUCCCUUCCACCGAGAUGAGAUGAUCAGCGAUCGCCAUCCACAUCUGCGGUGCCAUUUUGCAACUGCCACAUGACAGCUCCUUUGCUCGACCAACCCUACAGCUACAAGAACGCCAACAGUCUCACCCCUACCCCCUGCUGUCCGUGCACCAGCUUCACCCUCCUCUCUCUCCUCUCUAGUUGCCAUCGCUAUCCCUCCGUGCUCCAUCCCCCUCUCACGUCUCACUGACCCAGGAGAUCAAGGAAGGGUUGCACUAAUCGAAAAGAAACCGAGCAAGAACAAGUUCUACGCAAGAAACACACCAGAGGAGUGCACACAAGAAUCAAGGCAGUGAGACUGUGAGAGAGAACAACCGUGCUGCUGUAUCUGCAUUUUUGUUUCUUUAGAUUCCCUGACUCGCAUGGUAUCUUGCCAGAAAGGCACAGACUUUUGUGUGCCUAUUGUUGUUGUAGCGCCCUUGUGUCCUCUCCAGCCGAAGAGUGGGAGAGAGAGAGAGAGAGGAGCGAUGAGGUCAAUGCCGCCGCCAUUGCCGCUUCUCUGCGCCUCCGUCUUGGUCUUCUUGCUCCUGCUGGAUCGCCCAUUGGUGGCCAAUGGGAGGGCGCCACCGCCCACGGCUUCUUCCCCUUCUCAGGGGCCUUCGCAUGAGCCCGUGCAGCAGGCUCCCAGCACCACCAACGGCAGCGUUGCCUCCGCAAACGGCCCCGCCGCCGUGCUUCAUGCGGCUGCGGCGCCUCCUCCCUUGGUUGCAGUGGGCAUAGUGGUGGAGAGGCACCACCACCUCCGCAGGGAGCUCAUCGCUGCCAUCGUCCUCUCCUCCGUGGCUGGCAUCACGGUCGUCUUCGCCGCACUCUAUGCCUGCAUCCUGUGGCGGCGAUCGCGCCAAGCCCUUGACUCCAAGGACAGCCAGAGCUCAGAUACCGCAAGGAUCGCAUUCGUGCCAAUCUUGAACAGCUUCAACUCAUUCAAGACUAGCAAGAAGGGCGCUGCGGCGAUGAUGGAUUAUGCCUCUUUGGAGGCGGCGACGGGGAAAUUCAGUGAGAGCAAUGUGCUUGGAGUUGGUGGCUUUGGGUGUGUGUACAAGGCCAAUUUUGAUGGAAGGUUUGCUGCUGCGGUGAAGAGCUUGGGCGGCGGGGGGCACGAUUGUGAGAAGGAAUUUGAGAAUGAGCUAGAUUUACUUGGGAGUAUUCGGCAUCCAAACAUAGUGUCCCUUGUGGGCUUCUGUAUUCACGAGGAGAACCGUUUCAUAGUUUAUGAGCUGAUGGGAAACGGAUCAUUGGACACACAACUUCAUGGGCCAUCACAUGGAUCAGCUCUAAGCUGGCACAUUAGGAUGAAGAUUGCUCUUGACACAGCAAGGGGAUUAGAGUAUCUGCAUGAACACUGCAACCCACCAAUGAUCCAUAGGGAUCUGAAGUCAUCUAACAUACUUUUAGAUUCAGACUUCAAUGCUAAGAUUUCAGAUUUCGGCCUUGCAGUUACUAGUGGGAAUCACAGCAAAGGGAAUAUGAAGCUUUCUGGAACUUUGGGCUAUGUAGCCCCUGAGUACUUGUUACAUGGGAAGUUGACCGAGAAGAGCGACGUAUAUGCAUUUGGAGUAGUACUUCUAGAGCUUCUGUUGGGAAGAAAGCCUGUUGAGAAGGUGGCACAAUCUCAGUGCCAAUCAAUUGUUACAUGGGCCAUGCCUCAGCUAACUGAUAGAUCGAAGCUCCCUAACAUAAUUGAUCCCAUGAUCAAGAACACAAUGGAUCUGAAGCACUUGUACCAAGUUGCUGCAGUGGCUGUGCUCUGUGUCCAGCCAGAGCCAAGUUACAGGCCGCUAAUCACUGAUGUGCUCCACUCUCUGAUUCCCCUAGUUCCCAUGGAGCUUGGAGGGACAAUGAGGGUUGGUCCGGAAUCGCCUUAUGCUACUCAAAAGCAUUCUCCCUGUUGAGAUAAAAGAUACAUGGACAUGAUUCAGAUUCAGUUGGGGCUCAUCCAAGUGGUUCAGAUAACUUAUGAUGUUGAGUUCGGGUUAUUAUUCCUUGCUUGCAUUGCGUUCUAUGGUGUUUAUCUGAGUGCCAAUCUAGGGAUCUCCUACUUAUUAGCUGAAUUGGUAGGGUUAUCAGGUUUGCGGAGAAAAGGGGUUAACAUUUUUCCCAGGCUGUAUAAAGAAGUAAACAGAAAGCCCUCUUCUUCUUCUUCUUCUUCUUUUUUCUUUUUGGAUCUGAUAGCUGUUGUAUAGAUUAAGGUGGCGUUUGGAUUGUUGGAAACGCCACCUAAAGGUUUUUCACACUGUAACUCAAUACUAGUGUUGAAGAAAUUAUUUGCCCUA